UUAAAACUAACGGGCGGCGUCACAAACUCACCGAGUUGAAGAAGCGACAAAAACCGCUGAAAGGGGAACCCCGCCCCACGCGACGGAGAUUUUUCCCCGAAAACUCAAUUUCCCAAGCAGAAGAUGGCGAAAGAAAUUGAAUCUCUGACAGAAGACGAAAGACGCGCACUUCGCGGAAGCAAAUUCGCCCCUCUCCCUUCUCUUCCUCGCUCCAGUUCCCACUCCCAACCCAGGUUGGCACAUCCCGGUGGACCAUUGGCGACUAAUAAAGCUGCGGCAUUGGCGAAGUUUCUGGAGCGGAAGCUGAAGGAGCCUAAUGGAUUGGCUUCCAUGAACCCUGAUUUGCUUGAACUUGCUGUCAAUAACGCCAAAAGGACCGUCUAUGCAAGUGGUACUUCUAAUCCCGAAAGAAUUGUUCGACAUGUGGACUCCUUUGGUGACUCUGAUUCAAAGGAUUCUAGUGAUGAAGAACAGAAUGAGAUUUCCAAGGUAAAGGAACACAAGAAGAUGAAGAAGAAGACGAAGAAGAAAGACAAACAGAAAAAGAAAAAGAAAAAACGAAAGGGUGCUGAGGACCCUGGAUGUGCUGUGGUGAAAAAGCCAAAACAGAAGUUUAAAUUCUGAUUAGUUUUUUCUGCUAGAUUUUUAUAAUAACAAGGAGUGAAGAGAAAUUGUUUCAUAGGAAGAAGACAGAAAAGAGGAAAGGGUGGGGGGGGCUCUUCUCUUUUCCUGUUUCGAAGUAAGAAAAUUUAUUAUUCAGGAGGAUUUGUAACAUCAAGUUGUUAGCAAGACUUGCCGACUUCGUGAAAGAAUGUGUAAACACAGAUACGUUACAAAUUUGUAGAAUUUCAAAAUUUUCCCUCGUAAUAUAGAUAAAUUACAAAAA